AUGACGAACAUUAAGUCGUUGGGUGACUACAUCGACGAAGACGACGCGAGUCCGUUCAGCUACGCAGGAGGCCACAACAGCGCAAUAGGAAUAGACGGAGGAGGGCACGUGGUAAACCUGUACGCAGACGGGUUCGUGGUAAACAAUGGGCCCUUCAGACCCCUGAGUGACCCUGAAAACGCCCGAUUCAUCCAGGAUGUUAAGAACGGGAUUGCGCCGCCUGAGCUCCAAGACGGAGGCCACGAAGUGAGCGUGCAGCUGGUGGACAAGCAGCACACGUACUUCAACCCCGAAAACGACAAGUCGAAGACCAACAACACGAUGAAGCACACGAUUUCGAAGACGAACUCUGAAUGGUGUCUGGGAGACAACAAUACGACCCUCAGGAUUAAGCUGCACAACGGCGACCUGAUUAACCUAAAAAUAUCCCAGGAGGCUACGAUUGGGGAUCUGCGGCAGUUUAUAGCGAGAAACAGUCCCGAGGGAGCCGCUGGAGGCCUGCUUUACGGGUAUCCGCCCAGGGUCAUCGGAUUUAUGGACUCAACAACACUCAAGGAGGCAGACAUUCUCAACUGCAACGUAAUCCAAAACAAAACUUAA